AUCGCUUGUCUUUUUUGGCUGUCACCAACAGAGCUUGUGAGCACGCUCGCCAGCUAAUUUUAGCACUCACAGCGUCGCUGUCACGGAUCGCAAACGUUUGGCAUCGGUGCUGCCAGUGCAGCGCAGUGCACAGCAGCUGUGCCCUUGCAGCUGCCGCUCGCGACGCCGUCGCAGCAUCAGCACCCCAAAGCAGCACCCAAAGGCAGCAUUUUAAAAUGCCGCAAGAUGCAAAGGGAUACUCCCCAGCCAUCACAGUCCUCCUCGUGACCCUCAAUUAUGUAUUCACGAUCGCCGCCCCGCCUCUGCUAGCAUUGUACGCAGCGGCCAACGUCGAGCCGAGGUACAUGUACACCGCCAUAGCAGCAUCAAUGAUAGCGUGGCUCGCCUACGUGACCAUAGACAACUGCGAACUCAAAACGGGCCGGCCCGACGAGACUUUUUCCAAGGGCCACUGGGUCUUCGCUCGGUUGCGAGAGUAUUUCCCGCUCAAGCUGCACCGCACGGACGCCGUCCAAAGUCAGCUCAAGGACGACCAGGCCAUCUUCGCCUUCUUCCCGCACGGCGUGAACAGCGAUUUUCGCGUGCUCAUGGCCGGGCCGAUGUAUGAUGCGUUUCCGAAAGUGCAUAAAAGGGGCGCGCCGCGCACGCUGGCCGCGUCCAUCUUGUUUAAGAUCCCGGGGGUGAGGACGGUCACGUUGAAGACCGGUUGUGUGGACGCUGGGCGGAAAACGGCGAACCGCUGCCUCAGGCAAGGCCUAUCUCUAUUCCUAUGUCCGGGCGGCCAAGACGAGCAGCUCGAGACGAUUUGCGGGAGGGAACGCGUCUAUUUGAAGUCGCGCAAAGGUUUUGUUCGCUUGGCGAUGAUCCAUAACGUACCACUCGUGCCGGCGUAUUGUUUUGGUUCCUCGGACCUCUAUAGGACCUACGGCGCCUUCUAUGGAGCGAGGCGGUGGCUCGUGCGCAAUUUGAGAAUUGCCCUACCUCUCUACUCUGGAGAUUGGGGCUUUUUUUGUUAUCCGACGCCCAAGGGCUUCCCGCUCCAAGUCCCGCAGGACAUCGUCUUCGGCGACGCGUGGACGCCGCCGCAUAGCAAGGAGCCGACGCGCGACGAGGUCGAUGCGGCCCACGCGGUCUUCGUCGAGAAGCUCACGCAGCUCUUCGACGCGCACAAAGGAGAGUUUGGGUAUCCGAACAGAAAGUUAGAAAUAAUAUAGAUAUCAC